CACGUGGGCGACCCUGACCAAUAACGACUGUCGUUACAGCGAACAGUUUGGCCGCGUUUGUAAAAGGCUGCAGCAGGCAAAGAGAGACGCGGCGAGGGCGGUCGCCGGCGAGAAAUCCCUGGAAGUGCGAGGCAGGCUGCCAAGAUCUCUACCUAGGGGAGCUGGAAUCUGACUGGAACUCUGACUGGAACCCUGAGCAAGAGCUUUGCCAGGGAGAAGCAGAAUGUCUGCAUUGUUACAUCAAAGAUCAGCCUUCAGAAGCCUUAGGUCGAGUGGCAUAUCUCACAGCAAAUGAGCAUGCCUGUCUCUGUGUGGUCUGAUCAGCACAGACUAAUGAAAGAUACUUUAGGUCCUAUGGACACAGGCUCCACUGUUCUCCAGGUGCCCUGGCAGCAGAUACAGGGGCUGUGAACAAUGGAACCAAACUCUCAAAGGACUAAAGUCCCAGCUUUCUUAUCUGACUUGGGGAAGGCCACAUUGAGGGGAAUCAGGAAAUGUCCCCGAUGUGGUACGUACAAUGGAACCCGUGGGUUGAGCUGUAAGAACAAGACAUGCGGAACCAUAUUUCGCUAUGGUGCCCGGAAGCAGCCUAGUAUUGAAGCUGUCAAAAUUAUCACAGGCUCUGAUCUACAGGUCUACUCCGUUCGACAAAGAGACCGAGGCCCUGACUACCGAUGCUUUGUGGAGCUGGGUGUUUCAGAGACGACAAUCCAGACAGUGGAUGGGACAAUCAUCACUCAGCUGAGCUCUGGCCGGUGUUAUGUCCCCUCUUGUUUGAAAGCUGCCACUCAAGGCCUGGUGGAAAACCAGUGUCAGCACAUCAAGCUAGCAGUAAACUGCCAGGCAGAGGCCACCCCUCUGACCCUGAAGAGUUCAGUGCUGAAUGCUAUGCAGGCCUCCCCAGAAACCAAACAGACCAUCUGGCAGUUGGCCACAGAACCUACAGGUCCCCUGGUACAGAGAGUCACUAAAAACAUCAUGGUAGUGAAAUGCAAGGCCAGCCAGAAGCACAGCCUGGGCUAUUUGCACACGUCCUUCAUGCAGAAAAUGGGCUCCAGAAGCUUGCCAGAGCGUCGCUUCUUCUGCUCCUGCCAGUCUCUGAAGUCACACAAGCCCAACGUCCCCAAGGCUGAGGCAACCCCAAAGUGCAUCCAUUUCUUCGCUUGCCUCUGUGCCUUUGCCAGUGAUGAAACACUGGCUCAGGAAUUCUCGGACUUCCUAAAUUUUGAUGCCAGUGGUCUUAAAGAGGUAAUGGUCCCUCAGUUAGGCUGCCACUCAGAGUCAUCUGUCUCAGCUUGUGAAUCUGCUGCCUCUAAGCCACGGAAGAGGAAGAAGGAUGAAGUAUCUGGUGCUCAGAUGAACAGCUCAGUGAUGCCGCAAGACACAGUAAACAGCAUUGUAAGGAAGAGUGCCCUGAAAAAGCCUGUGGUUGCUUCUUCACUAAAAAGGCAGGUCUGUGGUCAGCUGUUAGAUGAGGCACAAGUGACCUUGUCCUUCCAAGAUUGGCUGGCGAGUGUCACGGAGCGCAUCCAUCAAACCAUGCACUACCAGUUUGAUGGCAAACCAGAACCCCUCGUGUUCCACAUCCCUCAGUCCUUUUUCGAUGCCUUGCAACAGAGAAUAUCCAUAGGAAGUGCAAAAAAGCGGCUCCCCAACUCCACCACAGCUUUUGUUCGCAAAGAUGCCUUGCCACUGGGAACCUUUUCCAAGUACACCUGGCAUAUCACUAAUAUUCUGCAAGUUAAACAAAUUUUAGACACCCCAGAGAUGCCCCUGGAAAUCACUCGUAGCUUUAUUCAGAACCGCGAUGGGACUUAUGAGCUGUUCAAAUGCCCUAAAGUGGAAGUAGAGAGCAUAGCGGAAACCUACGGACGGGUAGAGAAGCAGCCAGUGCUGAGACCUUUGGAGCUGAAAACCUUCCUCAAAGUUGGUAACACGUCCCCAGAUCAAAAGGAGCCGACACCCUUUAUCAUUGAGUGGAUCCCGGACAUCCUCCCACAAUCCAAGAUUGGUGAGCUUCGAAUCAAGUUUGAGUAUGGUCACCACCGGAAUGGACAUGUGGCUGACUACCAAGACCCAAGGCCACCCCUGGACCAGCCUUUGGAGCUGGCCCCUCUGACCACUAUCACUUUCCCUUGAGGAAAAUCAAGAGUUAUUUUGCAGAGUUUGCACAUCCCCACCCCUGACCACUGUAAAUCCUAGGAGCACUUAAUAUGGUCCCUGCUAAUGAACUGCACUUAGCUAAGAUGCAGCUGCUGAGCAUCCAUGUGGGCUCUGUAAAAGAAACUCCUGUGUGUAGCCUGUUGGCACUGCUGUGUAGUCUUCAUUAUAAACUGGGCACUUAAAACAA